CAUCGAUCCUCCACCGGCAUUGAAACUGCGGAGAUAGUCGUCCAAGCUGAGACCAAUAUGCAAAGAAAGUCCGCUGAACAUGGAUGCAAAGACAGAUGACUUAUUAGGACUACCUUUCAUCUUCUUCCACUGGAGGACGUUCACGUCUAAUAUAUACCCGACUUCACGACAUAUCGAGACACGUCAGAUUACCGACGACUCGGACUUACCACUUCAACCAACCAUGACAUCCUCCUCAUCGUCAACAUCCGCGCGAGCCCAAGCCGAAGCGCCCUGGGUCGCCAUCGCACGACGCAAACAAGCAGACCGAGACUCCCAGAUUCCAACGCACUGGCGGCUCCCUUCACACGUUCUACCCAAAGACCCUCCACAGGGUCAUGGACCUCAGAAUGUCCUCAACAUCCCGCGGCAGUUCCUGUCGCAGGCAGAGAUCUCAAUCACAGAAUCAUAUGCAAUCCCCACCCUGCUAUCUGCCAUAUCAUCGCGCAAGCUGAGCGCCGCCGAAGUGACCGAGGCAUUCUGCCACCGCGCCGCGAUCGCGCAACAACUAACGAACUGCCUGACCGAACCUCUAUUCGAGCAAGCCAAAGCACGAGCACGCGAACUCGACACAUACCUUCAAGAGCACGGGAAGCCAUACGGGCCACUACACGGACUUCCGGUAUCAGUGAAAGACACAUUCAACAUUGCCGGAGUGGACUCGUCCAUCGGCCUCGCAUAUCUAUGCUACAAGCCAGCAACCAAAAACGCAGUGUUAGUAGACCUAUUAUUGUCUCUCGGGUGUGUGAUCGUGGCCAAGACGAAUGUUCCGCAGACGCUGGCGUCGCUGGACUCGAUCAACAACAUUUUUGGUAGGACCAUGAACCCAAUCAACCGACUCUGCACGGCCGGAGGAUCCUCAGGCGGCGAAGGUGUGCUUGUCGCCAUGAAAUGCAGCAUGAUCGGCAUCGGCACCGACAUUGGAGGCAGCAUCCGCAUCCCGGCCAUGUGUAACGGCGUCUAUGGCUUCAAGCCAGCCAACGGUCGCUUACCCUACGGCGGCCAAGCACUUACUGGUAUGGAGGGAAUGAGCCGCACGAGCGUGCAAGCUGUCGCGGGUCCUAUCGCCCGGAGCGUCGAGGACAUUGAUGUCCUGCUACGCGAAAUCGUCCCCCGAGCCAGCCUGUACGGCGAAGACUGUAUCCCUAGUCCUCAAUGGUCGCGACAACGGAGCAUAAAACCGACAGGAAGCGGUAAGAAUGGGGAGUUUGUUGUCGGCGUGCUACGCAGCGACGGGAACUGUUCAUUAUUACCGCCCAUCGCUAAUGUAUUGGACGAAGUCGCUGCACGACUGCGCGCCACGCCCAAUGUGACCGUCGUUGAGCUUGAGUGUCCGAAAGCAUGGACGAAAUGCCAAUCUGUUAUGAGCAAGUUGAUGUCCGUCGACGGAGCGGGAGUUAUGGCAGAUAUGCUCGCCGCCAUGCAGGAACCUCUUGUGCCGUGGAUGUCGACCCGCUUCCGCAAGGGAAAACCUCAACCUUUGACUCGUGUCGCCGAGUUACAGGCCCAGCGUGCCGCUUUGGAGCGCGAAAUGUUGGGUCUGUGGGUAUCUACUGAUUCUCAAGGAAGACGGUCUCAACGUCUCGAUGCUAUCGUUUGUCCUGUCGCCCCGCAUCCCGUCCCGCCCAUAGACGCCUACAAUGCCGUUGGCAUGACUAGCUCUUGGGUCCUGCUGGAUUAUCCUUCCGGUACGGUCCCUGUGCGUGACUGCCGGGAAACAGAUCUGCAGCUCGGCACAUCGCUGGACGGUAAGUCGUUGGGCUCCUGGGAUGAUCGCAAUCGUGAACUGUGGGACGAGUCCAAGAUCGAUCGUCGCAUCUAUCUGAAUACCCCGUUGAGCGUUCAGGUUGUGGUCCCCCGGCUGCAGGAUGAAAAGUUGGUCGAGGCCAUGGGCUGGGUGGACGCUGCUGUUAAGAAUGGUGGUCAGCAGGGCGUCAAGGCGAGGCUCUGAUGGCGUGGCAUGGCAUUACAUGGCGUGACGACGAAUGUCUUGUAAAUCUGCCGCUUCACUAGCCACCAGCCAUAUAUUAUACAUAUAAAAGCAAUCAAAAGAAGCAGUGCCGUAUGCUUCGUCCUCACAUCUUGCUCCAAUUCUGAAGACGACAUACAAUCCUAAGCUGGGCUCCUCGAAUACAAUGGACACGAGCCCUGUACUUCAGAUCACCACACCUAUCCUCGCAAGUACCAAUCCAACCCCGAAUGGUGUGCCUUUAAAUAUGCCUGGCAGCGACAGCUAUAAUUGAUUCAGGGCCGCAAAGAUUAUAUACGACAGUGUCAACAACACCUACUUAUUUGAUCGUUGUAUUGCUGGUUAAAACAAAAGUACGCUGCAUUAAGAUUAUAUCCUUUACCAUAGUUAAAGAUAGUACCUGACGCCAGCAGAUAACAUCAACGGGCCAAUCGAGGUGGAAAACAUCAUCGAUAUCCUGAUGAAAAUCACAAUCACCAGUCUCACUCUCACUAGAUAGACCUAAGUCGUCUCGAUCCUGCUGUCCGGCGUGACAAGCUUAAGACCGUCGUCUCUUGUGGCCGCUGGCGUCCCACCGCCGUCAGCAGCAUCAGCAUUCCGAGUAUUCUUCCCACGGUUGCGCAAACCAUCACCAUCUCCAUCAGCACCAGCAGGCAAACCACCACCCUCAUACCCACCAUCCUUCUUCUUCUUGUGACCACCAAACAAAUGAAACCGAUCCCAGCCGACAGGAUAGGUACCCGCCUUAUUAAGCUUCUUAGCAUGCUUCCCGGGGACAAUGGAAUCAAAGCCCGAAUUGAUCUCGGGCCAGAACCGCAGAAUCGUCCGCUCAAACUGGCCCAACGGCUCCUCCGGCAACUCAAUGACCUGUGUUUUCUUGACUCCUUCUCCUUCCUCAUAAUCCUCAACCACAGAGACCCUCUUCCCUCCAUCAACACUAGCAUCAACAUCGACAUCCACCACUUUUUCCGCAGGCACCACCUUCUUCCACACCACGCUGGUCAUCUUACCCACAGCACUGCCAGGCGUAGACUCAGCAAUUGGAGUUUCCGGAUCCGUUUCGACACCAUGCAUGACCCAACCCUGCAGAGCAUCACAAUCAUAUUUCCCCUUAUCAUUAUACCCGAGACCAUCUCUGCCCAUGCGGAUACGCACGCUUGAAUGAAUCGUCUCAUUUGUCCUCUGAAGCCGCGGCAGCAGCGGCACCUGCUUACCAGCUUUGCCCGGCAACAACCUCCUCAAACGAUCAUGCAACUUCGACACCAUCCAGACCAACAUGCCAUGCUGGGACGCGAGUUCCUGCUCACGGUACUCACCGGGCGUACGAACUCUUGAUCCACCCAACUUGAAGAAGAAAGUAAAGGAAUCAUGAAUCUUCCCCAAUCCCCAAG